CUUUUAGCAACCCUUUUGUUGUCGUCCGUCGCACUAAAACCCAGAGGUAGCUGAGCUUAACGAGCACUCGAAAAUGGUGCAGCGGCUCACAUACCGAACGCGUCACAGCUACGCCACCAAAUCCAACCAGCACCGCAUCGUCAAAACCCCCGGGGGUAAGUUGGUUUAUCAGACCACCAAGAAGAGAGCCAGCGGUCCAAAAUGCCCUGUUACUGGGAAGAGAAUCCAAGGGAUUCCUCACUUGAGACCUGCAGAGUACAAGAGAUCUAGAUUAUCCAGGAACCGCAGGACUGUGAAUCGGGCUUACGGUGGUGUAUUAUCUGGAGGUGCUGUUAGAGAGAGAAUCAUUCGAGCUUUCUUGGUGGAAGAGCAAAAGAUCGUGAAAAAGGUUCUGAAGAUCCAAAAGGCCAAGGAAAAGCAGGCCGGCAAGAACUAAAUGAGGCCAAUAGCCUAAUGAGGCAGAGUGAUGGAUCAUUAGCCUUUUGAACUAUAAGACGAUAUGCUUGAGCGAGAUUUUGAUGUUAGAUUUUGUUGAUUAAUGAAUUUGGAGCAGAUUGGGAAUGCUUUUAUUGUUAUUUUGCUACUUUGGUCACUUGGGAAUUUCAUAUCAAUGACAAAUCAAUUGCCUGUUUCUUGCUA